UCUUAUUUUAGCUUAUAUGUCAGGUGAUGGGUGCGUAUGGAUAUAACAUCGAGCACAUACUGAUGGUUGACAUUAUUCCUGAUGCUUCUGUACGAAAGGCAAUGAACGAGAUAAAUGCAGCUCAAAGGAUGCAGCUUGCUAGUGUAUACAAGGGAGAAGCAGAAAAGAUUCUCCAAGUUAAGAAAGCAGAAGCUGAGGCGGAAGCCAAGUAUUUAGGCGGGGUUGGGGUUGCCAGGCAGAGGCAGGCAAUUACAGAUGGUUUGAGAGAAAACAUCUUGAACUUCUCACAUAAAGUAGAAGGCACCUCCGCUAAAGAAGUGAUGGAUCUUAUAAUGAUCACCCAGUACUUUGACACCAUCAAAGACCUUGGAAACUCUUCAAAGAACACGACAGUUUUCAUACCACAUGGUCCUGGCCAUGUUCGUGACAUUGGUGAUCAGAUACGCAACGGCCUGAUGGAGGCAGCUAGUGCACAGGUCACUGAAUAGGUUUGCUUGUCUGCAGAAUGUACUGUGAGAAGCAUCUCCCUACAUACGUCUGGAAAGAAGGUUAAACAAUAAAAAUAAAGUUUGCUUUGAGAGUUUUGGCAUGGAUUGCUUUCGUUUCCUCUUUUGCUUGAUGUUGUAUAGCUAAUAAAAUAAAAUAAAGGAUAGUCUUAAAUAGAAAAAAGAAAAGAGCACCUGAAAAAUGUGUAUUUGCUUUUCAGUUGCUACAGCUGUUAAGGGGAUGAAGAUCCGAGAAAUAUGUUUAAUAGGAUAUCACGUCCUUGACAUUUGUGUAUGGACUGUGGAUAUGAGAACUUCUAUAUUUGUUUCGAUUCCAUCUCAUG